UGACAAAUGAGCCUGAUGAAUAUUAAAGCGAGACAGGUUUCCACUUCCCUCCGCGCUGUGAAGUUGGCGAAGGCGUGGGACAUGCAACUUGCAAAGGGAGAUGGUGGCUUUGAGAAUGUGGAGCUGGGUGUCAUAGGAAAGAAGAAGAAAAUUCCAAGGAGAGUUAUUCAUUUUGCAAGUGGAGAAACAAUGGAAGAAUAUAGCACAGAUGAAGAGGAAGAUGAACAAGAGAAAAAAGACUUGUUGCCACCUGUAGAUCCUACAACGCUCACCUGGGGACCCUACUUGUGGUUUCACAUGCUGCGAGUCGCAACAUCAACUUUAUCAGUAUGUGAUUUCCUUGGGGAAAAGAUUGCAUCUGUUCUGGGGAUAAGCACACCAAAAUACCAAUAUGCAAUUGAUGAGUAUUACAGAAUGAAGAGAGAGGAGGAAGAGGAGGAACAGGAAAACAAGAUGUCAGAAGAAGCAGAAAGACAGCAUCAGGAACAGCAGAACAAGCCACAGGCUGAAGCUCCUGUCCAGACAGACCAGCCUGAAGCAACAGCGUGCUCUUCAUUCGUGAAUGUAAACUUUGAAAAUGAAGGAGAUUGCCCGUCCAUUGGGAAAAAUAAACAAGAUGUAGUUCCCGUCCCUCCUUAAGUGUAAAGCUCUGUAUAAUGUAGGAAAUAAGAACUGUCAGGUGUCACAAUCUGGCUAUAAACAGGAAAAUAGGAUUAUACUUGUUCAGUGAAAUACAACUCCUACCAUUCUUAUUGAUCAGGAGAGAGCUAGGCAAUGUCAGUUCUGUCUGCCUAAUAAAGGCUGAGGCAUUCUGCCAAAUUGGCACUUCAGUUAAAAUGAAAAUUGCACUACAAACAUUUGGUCUAAAAUUGAAUGUGUGAGCUAAUUUCUGUGUAAAGCAAGUAAAAAUGUCUUUUCUUUGAAUUGCUGUGUCUCUAACACCUGUGGAUUGCAGAGGCAGUGCUGUUUCCUACUUCUAAACACCUGUUUCUGAUUUGCACAUUGUUUGCAACUCGGCUCUCUAUGAAUAGAUUAAUAGGAAUUAAUAUCCUGUAACUCACAAUAAUAAGAGUCUGAUUUCCCCUAUUUAUUGUCGCUACUGUAUGCAUGUAUCUUUUUCUGUUGUUAACAUAAGAGAAACUGUUAGAUUUAAUGUUAAUUAGAUUUAAGGGUCUAUUGACUUUUUUUAUUUAAAAAAAAAAAACUUUCCAGGGGGCUAUAAACACCCCCAAGAACUUAGUAACAAGUACCAGCACUCUUGGAGGCUGAUAGUGCUCAGCUGCUCCAUUCAAUGCUGUAGCAAAGUACAGAACUAUUGUAAGACAUUCCCACUAUAAGUCCAAGAAUUAAGAGACCCACGUGCUUGAAUCCAUACUCUCAAUGGUCCUGGGAAAGAAACUAAAGUCUUGCUAAAUUAUAUUGAGUGCACUGAACACUCUGUAUGGUACCAGUCUAGAACUAUGAAAACUUUUUCGGACGUAGAUUACCCAAGUCCAUGUACUUGAGCGACCUACACAAACUAUGUGUUUAAUGUUAAAUUACCAGUAAGGGAGGUGCCACUGCAGGUAUUUUUCUCCCCUCUAGCACAGAAUACUAAAUAACGAGAAACCACAAAACAAACUUGUGACUCUUUCCUUCUCUUAAAUAAACAGAGUGUGUUCUGAUACGGCACAUGCAGCAACAGUAAUUUUUAUUUUUGUCCCAAGUGAAGUGCAGGCAGCUCCAAAUCAAAUACCGAUUAAGGCGAUUUUACUGAAAUGACUGUUGCACCUGUAGCUGGUAAAAGGUGAAUGGUUUACUUUGCAACUACCAGAUGUCAGUGCCCUAGGCAUUUCUAUGGAGAACUGUUGUGGGUAAAGGAGCAGAGAACCUGCACUAGGUAUAGGUACCAUGGUACCUAUAUAUACAUAUACCUAUAUAUACAUAUGUGUAUAAAUAUACAUAUAUACAGACCUAUACAUAUAGGUACCAUUACUUCUGCCCUUGAGAUUUCCAAAAAAAAUUUUAAAAACAGUCUAGUGUUGCAUUGGGUAUCAUCACAUGUUCCUGGCCUUGCUUUCACUGCCAACUAACUAAGGAGCCUGAUGCAACACCACAGGCCAGGUAACUUGGCUAUUAUUUUCCAGAGUUAUGUAUAUCAGACACCCCUCGGCCUGAACUAGUGUCCUGGGCAGCACAAACUCCUCCUCUCAUCUAUCUGCAGCAUUCCAUCACUACAGAAAAUGUGAGGAAGAGGAUUCAGUCAUCAUCUCUUCUGUUUUGAUACUUUGCCUCUUUUAGAAUUUUAAGAUAGAGGGUGCUGACCUAAAAUCAUUCCUUAGCCCUGAACAUGUGCAAACGAGAGCUUGGUUCAACACCUGGGGAAUACAAAGAAAACCAGCUUGUUGAGAGUUCUUAUACUGUCAGAGAUAGAAAGCCUCACGUUGCUUGAGUAAUACCUUGACAGCUGAAGGAUGCUUUACUUUUCUUCCAAGAAAUUAAUGUCAGUUGGUUUUUUUACCUUCUCUCCCUAGUAUUUGUUACAUCAGAAAUACUCUCACUGCCUUGGGUUUAAACUUCUUUGUAUAAAAUACUCUUAUUACUCACUGUGCCUUAACUUAAUCCUUCCUUCAGUUUUUUGCAAACUGUAUGAAAGUUGUUACUUUCAUAUUGGUUUAAUUUUUCUGUAAAUGCAUUAAUUGGUUAUUUUAUAUUUAAUAUAAUUUUUGAACUGGAAGUUGGUUAUGGCUUUUCUUUUACAACUGUGUGGUCUUUGAAACUUUAUGCCUGUACACAGGUGCCUGUUCACUGUUUACAUCUUUACUAAGUCACACAUCCUGGUUGAAUAUUCAGGCACCAGAAUUCAAAAUAUCAUUCUACCCCACCCCUUCCUUAAGAGUCCCACGUAGUACUCUGUGUGUUCAGCACUACCUCAAACUAAUAAAUAAUGCAGGACUGCAAA